CAAAUAAACCGAACAUGGACACACAUCAUCGUCACAUCAUCGCUGCCAUCAUAUCAUCCACACAAAACAAUGUCUUCUCCCUUCCUCUCCAUCCAUCUCCUCCUCCAUCUCCUCCUCUUCACCUCCACCGCCCUCUCCUCUUUCAUCUGCAACUCCACCACAACCGCCACCUGCUCCUCUCUCAUCGGCUACGUCCCCGACAAUGAAACCUCUCUCUCCGCUCUCCAAUCUCUCUUCCAAACCACUCUCCUUUCCCUUGUCGGCGCCAACUCCCUCCCCCUCUCCACCCCCUCGUCCUACACCGUCGCCGCCAAUAAACCCAUCCUCAUCUCCAUCCCCUGCAACUGCUCCAACGGCAACGGCUCCUCAGCCCACGUCCCGACCUACACCGUCAAGGCCAACGACACCCUGGACAACAUCGCCAUCAACAAGUUUGGUCGGUUUGUCACUUACCAACAGAUCGCCACCGCCAAUGGGAUUCCUAACCCUAACUUGAUCACGGUCGGCCAAGUGUUAUGGAUCCCGUUGCCCUGCAGCUGCGAUCCGGUGGAUGGUGAUGAGAGAGUGCAUUUGGCUCAUAAGGUUGCGCCGCAAAGCUCAUUGGACCAAAUCGCGGCGGAGUUUGGGGUGAAUAAGAGCACUGUUAUGCGCCUCAACGGGAUUAAUGAUUCUGCAACGCUGCAGGCCUCUCAGAUUCUUGAUGUUCCUCUCCGAGCUUGUUCUUCUUCAAUUAGCAGCAAGUCCCUGGAUUCUGGCUUACGUCUCUCUGAUGGCAGCUAUGCGGUCACUGCUAAUGGCUGCGUGUUAUGUAAUUGCACCUCCUCUUUUAGGGUGAGUUGCAAUCUUCAACCAAAUGGGAAUACAUCUGUCUGCCCUGCUGCUAGAAAGUGCGGAAAUCUGGAAUUUGGAAAAUCAUCAUCCUCUGGAUGUGAGAAAACUACUUGUGAUUAUGCUGGGUAUACUAAUUCCACCAACUUGAGUAUUCUUACAACCAACUACGUCGACUCCUCAACAUGUUCAAGCGCAGGUGGAGGGUCACCUACCUCUAGUCCUAGCAGCCAUGCUCAUGCUGUCGGGAUGAACUUGUCAAGGGCUCUCAUCUUCAUUCACAUAUUGCUUGGUACCUUGGCUUUGCGGCAUUAGAGGGACUGUGCUGACAGGUUUAUUUUUAAAAUAAUAGAGUUGAGACUCUUUAGUUAUUUUUAUCUUUAUUUUUAUUUUUAUUUUUAUUUUUUGAAAUAAGGCCAGAUCUGUUUUUGGGCAAGGUAAACCUCCUCAGUGUUGAGAAUGAUCCAUUUAAGGGAGUUAUUUUUUUUUUAAGAAGCGAAACCAUGUUAUUUCUUUUUAAGAAAUGGACCUGUGUUUGUGAGCAUGUUUUUGUUA